GCGUGUCGAAACACUGCCGGAAUGUGUACCUGGGGAAUCAAGUUUUCUAGUGUACACACGUAAUUUUGGGCCACUGGGCGGGCGUUGAUAACAGUGUUAUUUAUAAGAAAUAUAUCGUGAAUUUGCUAAUUGAAAUUUCACCGCGUUGUUAAUGGACUGCAUUUAGACAAUAAGCUGCCCUAUUUAAUUUAAGGAUCGGUGCCUACAUAACUAUGUAUUCAUCGUUCAUUUGGUAUUAGGUGAUGUGUGUUUUAGAGAGGGUAUGAGAAGAAAAGAAGUUACAAGGGAAAAUCCAGCAAGGGCUGAACUACGAAUAUAUUGUUACCAACAUUCGACUUGGGUCUGGCCAAAUGUGGCUAAACGAGGUAGUCUUUUAGCUUAAAGCUGGAUAAAACCUUGACAUGACCGCACACGUAACCAAGGAAUUAAGUGGAUUCAUAGAGUGAGUUCAAGUUCUCUAUCUAGUUCCAUAUCAUCCGUCUACUUCUCAUCGGCUUUCGUGGCACCGAGCUCCUCCUCAUUGCGCGAGAUUGCUGUUGCACCGGGUUUUAUUUCGCUUCAAAAAGGGACAAGAUUGCAACUACCAUGGCGGCUCAGGUCACACCAAAGAUCGCUACUAGCAUUAACUCGAAAGGGUCUAACCAGAAAAAAAAUCCAGCACAUCACGAUAUGUCUGAACAAUCCAAAGUCAAUGAAUCAACGCUACCACUAUCCGAAGAUCCGAGGACACUGCAAUUGGCAUUGGAACUAUCAUUGGUCGGAUUUAACGACAAUCAAAAUUGCUAUGCGCAGCCUGCUCAACCGCUACCAAUGCCCCUAAGUGCAAGAAGUGACUUUGAAAUUGGGACUAUCAACAGCACGCUACCAAUUCCAUCGGCAACGAACUGUCUUCUGUUACCGAAUGCCGGCGCCGUCAGUUCAGAAGAUCGAUCUAAGAAGUCGCAAAAUAUGACCGAAUGUGUUCCAGUUCCCAGUUCUGAACAUGUAGCGGAAAUAGUGGGCAGGCAGGGGUGCAAAAUUAAAGCUUUGAGAGCCAAAACCAACACUUACAUCAAGACACCAGUUCGAGGAGAGGAGCCUGUGUUCGUUGUGACUGGUCGUAAGGAAGAUGUAAACAAGGCUAAACGUGAAAUACUCUCCGCUGCCGACCACUUUAGCUUAAUUCGCGCAUCACGUAAGCCUGUAAGUGAUAGUCAGAACAAUGGAAUGGUAGGAAGUGCGAAUAGCUCCGGUGGUGGUGCAGUUCCCCGCAUGUCAGGUCCCCCUUGUAUGCCUGGACAGGUUACCAUACAGGUACGUGUACCCUAUCGGGUAGUUGGACUCGUUGUUGGGCCAAAAGGUGCUACGAUCAAACAUAUUCAACAAGAGACGCAAACUUACAUUGUGACACCAUCGCGAGAAAAGGAACCAAUUUUUGAAGUGACUGGAUUGCCAGACAACGUUGAUACUGCACGAAAGCAAAUAGAAGCUCAUAUUGCCCUUAGAACUGGAAGCGGAUCUGGAAGUGGUGAUGCUAUUACUAUGCAAAUUAGUGAUUCGGUUGAGACUAAAGAAUACGCGUCACUGCCUUCAUUAACUCAAAUUUUAAAUGAUGAUUUAAAUUCGGAAAUUCUAUCGUCCAUAUACAAAAAUUCCCUUGCGUCUACGCAGGAGUAUACAAAUAAUUCAAUGAAGACGGUUGUAAACGUAAGCAAUUCAGUGAAACUUGUGCAAGGACAUCCUACUGGGAACUGUUUUCAAAAAUCAGAGUUUGCUGAGAUGGAAAUGGCAGCAAAUAUAACAGCAACAGAUAUAUUAGACAAACGUCUUCCUGGAAAUGAAGUUUCGGUGCCUUUGGCCAAAGCUAAUGCUGCUAAUAUUGUUUUUCGCACUACGUCUAGUAAAACAUUGUCUUUCUGUCCUCCCACAUCUACAUCGGCAUCGUUUCAUUCCAACUGUAAUGCAAAUAUUUUAACAAGAUCUUGUUCAUCUGCUUCUUCUACCACUUCUACAAAGAGUACCAACAAUAGCGCCAAUACACCUCCAGAAAUAUUAAAUAUAUGGAAAAGUAUUAGUGAUUCAAUUGACGUUGACGAGGGUAUAGGGGACUCUCCUAGUAUUUGGAACCAACCGGCAAAUAUCAUACCCACAGCUCACUGCUCGCCCACAAUAUCAAUUAGUCCUACCGACUCACUUUUAGGUAUGGGUGAACAUUCUGCAAACCAACAAAAUCUGAAACAUGCUAAAGAGCCCACUAUGUCUAAUAUCCCCCAGAAGAUAAAAGCCAUUCAAGUGCAAUCUAACGCAGACAAUUAUUUAGUUCAUCGGGAAUGCUAUGUAUGUAAUGAAAAUACUGUUACCACAGCUUUGGUUCCUUGUGGUCACAAUAUGUUUUGUAUGGAGUGCGCUAAUCACAUCUGUCUUUCUAUGGAUGCAGUUUGUCCGGUUUGUAAUUCUAUUGUUUACCAUGCAAUGCGGAUUUUAGGAUAAUUUGAAUUUUCUGUAUUUAAUAUUUGUCAGUUUUUAGUUAGUCGGUUACACAUCUAGUCGUGGCUUCCGUGAAGUCUAUUAACAUUAGUUGAACAUUCAGGGAUUAAAGGGAUUCCUUAAUUUAAAAUUAACUGCUGUCUAUAAUAAACCAAUUCCAGGAAUAUUUUUAAAUUUUCUGGGGACAAGACACAAAUUUAAUAUUAUAAUUUUUUUAAACGUGAUGUCAACUUUAUAUAACGUUUGGCGAUUCUCUUUUGCAAAUAUUUUAAAUAGCAUUUUACAAGUCUUUGACAAUUUUUAAAACUGAAAAAAAAUGAAUAUUGUGCAGAAAUAAUUUUUAAUAAUACUGCCAGUUUUUGCGGUUUUAUUAAGUGAAUAUUCUCAUACUGAUUUUAUAAACAUAAUAUUAAUUUCUAAAAAAUCGUAUUGCUUAUCAGUACUCCAAAUAUUGAAUAUUAUAGUUAUUUUUUCUUAAAUCAAUCCAUAUUUAAACAAAAAGUGAGUUUUGGCUAGUGGUCCGUUUUGAUUUUCCAAAAAAUCUGUAGCACUUCGGUUCGGUUCAGCCAUAAUAGGAAUACCCCUUUAAACCAUUUUAAAAAGUUUACGAAGUUAUAUUCAACAGCUUUCAUCUAAUACAGUUUUCAACGAAAAGUAUAACUAUAUUCUUUCUUUCUACAGAGAGUAUGACAUUUUAUUUUGAAGUUUGCGCUGUCUCACAGAAAUCUUCAUCCCAUGGAACAGCUCAAAAAGAAACUUUUGGAAAUGAGCGAAUAAAAAAGUUUUGUUGUUAUACCCCGUUACUAGUAGAAGGAUUAGUAUACGUGAAUCGUUGAAAAGUAUUUAACAGGCAGAUAGAAGAGUUUUUUUAUGUGUAUAUUAAUUUUUGUCAAGCCAACUCCGACGUCUACACAACUCGCGACUCUAGAACUUGCACAUCUUUCAUUUGUUUUAUAUUUUGUAAUCUUAUUAGUGGUCUGUUCGCAUCGCUCAAAUCGCAAGAGCUAACUUCCCGGCUGCGACUUAGAAAACUUUUGGAGGCAUAUCGAUAUAAGUUGUCAAAUAAAAUUAAAAUGAAAAAAUUCAAAUUGUUUUCCUGAACAUUCUAUACUCGAUAAAUACCGAAAUACGGGCGAAUAUGGCGAGAUCAACUAUUAAAAAAUAUAUACAUAGUUACUAUAUAUAUAGGUUCGAAAAUGUUUCCUUCUAUAUGCUACAUACUUUUCAACGAAUCUAGUAUACAUCCCAUACUUUUACAAAUAACGGAUAUAAAAAUUGUUCUGUGUUUUAGGGAGACAUCUAUAAAAUAAAUAAAUAUACUAUAAAUUAAUAUUUAUAUAAGUAGAAAGUUAAAAAAAUCGUGUAGCUAAAACAUUUCAUAGUUUGAACGUUAUAUUAAGAGGCUCUAACAAACAGUAAAUAUUUUAAUUUAACGAAAAUAAUACCAAACCCAAUUUCUAUUGAAGACCUUAGUGAUGAAUUUUAAUAGUAUAAACAAUGAACAUAGGUAUACUGGUUAAUUAUAUUUUAAUAUUAUUUUGUAAAGGGUAAAUAUUGGAUUUUUUUUUUAUUUUAAGAAACGUGAAUCUAUAUUCGUUUUUGAUUAUAAAAAAUGAAAGCAAAAUCGUUUUUAAUAGGAAAUAUAUCGAUUUUAUUUUUACUAGUGGACGUUCUCCCAUAAAAAUGUUAAAUGUGUAUAAAUCUGACAUUAUUUUUUAGUCAAUUUCUAUAUUCUAUAUUCCAAAAAUAAUUUAAAGAAUUGGCAAAGUCUCAGUUCUGGUUUAAAUGCUAAACAGGGCUUCAUAUUGGUUACAUCAAAUACAUUUUGUAACGAAGUGAGACCUUUAAAAACUUACGCUGAUGGGAACCCAAAAAUUUUGAUUACGGCGCACAAAUUGCGAAUUUGGUCAAAAAAUAAUUCAUUGAAGAUAGCGUUCCGUAAAACUAAAUCUGUAAUUUGAAAAAUACUUUCUUAUCCUAACGACAUUAAAAGGCAAACGGCAACUAAUUUGCUGAAAGCCCAGGGUAUGUCUUAAAAUUAAACCUUAUGCGUUAACAAAUUAAUAUUUUUAUUUAUUUACAUUUUGAAAAGGUUUUACACACAUACACAUUUAUAUUUAUAACAUUGCGUGCGAAAUAACAUGUGUAUAUGUAAAUACGUUUAUACAUAUAUGCUAGCAAGUUAUAAACACUAUUUUUUUCGUAUAUCAUCGUUGAAAAAAUAACAAAAUUUUUCCAAAUGCUUCUUAUACCAUAGUUAUUUCCAACUUUUAGGAGCUUUUUUAUUGAAACCAGCUUCAGGGAUAAUUUUCUUGACCGGUUUUGGCAUCCGUACAUCGUACGUAAUCAAAUUUUGGGACCGGAUCAAUGUAAAUUCUUUCAUGUUAUACAGUGAUAUCAGGCAAUGUUGAAAUGUUUUAGCAUAAUUUCUCUAUUAUUGACUUUCUGUAUUUUUAAGUAAAUGUGGUUCACUGAGCUUUUAAAUGGUUAAAAAAUAAUUGACGAAGUGAUUUCGAGCUACAUAGAAUUUAUACUUUUAAAGGAUACGGAGAAAUCGAUAGAACUUAGGCAAACUAGCAAACUGCCGAAA